AUGAUUUGUCGCUUUGUUCAGGAGGAUCUAUGGUUAUCCGCUUUUCCUAUCGGGACUGAGUGGGAAAACAUUGAUAAGAUAAAGGAGUUCAACUGGAACUUCGAAAAUUUAGAGAAAACACUAGAAGAAGGGGGAGAACUAUAUGGGAAGACAGUUUACUUAUUUGGAAGCACUGAGCCACAACUACUGGAUGUUAAUGGUGAAUCAAAGAUAGUACUUAUUCCUAUUGUAGUUGCUGAAACUGGAAAUCUUGCUGGUGUUCUCCCGUGA